GCGGCCGGGCCCGGCUGCGCGUUGGCUGCGGGCGGUGCCGCCAGUGAGGCUGCGCUGAGGCUGCGGGGCCGGAUGGCCGAGCCGCCCGCCCCGCGCACUCGGGCGGCGGCCGGCAGCGGGCGAGGACACCGGGCGAGCCCUCCCUGCCGGGAGAGCCAGCCCUGCGGCACACGGCAGCGCCAUGGUCUCAUGGAUCAUCUCCAGGCUAGUGGUGCUUAUAUUUGGCACACUUUACCCUGCAUAUUAUUCUUACAAAGCCGUGAAAUCAAAGGACAUCAAAGAAUAUGUCAAAUGGAUGAUGUACUGGAUCAUAUUCGCGCUCUUCACGACAGCAGAGACAUUCACGGAUAUCUUUCUUUGCUGGUUUCCAUUCUACUAUGAACUCAAAAUAGCUUUUGUAGCUUGGCUGCUGUCUCCAUACACAAAAGGCUCCAGCCUCCUGUACAGGAAAUUUGUUCAUCCAACUCUGUCUUCAAAAGAAAAGGAGAUCGAUGACUGCCUCAUCCAGGCAAAAGACCGGAGCUACGAUGCCCUCGUGCACUUCGGGAAGCGGGGGCUGAACGUUGCAGCCACGGCAGCCGUCAUGGCAGCUUCAAAGGUCUCUCAGCUACUCCAUUUACACUUGUAUUGGGACCAGAAAAAAGGGCAGGGACAGGGAGCCCUGUCUGAGAGACUACGGAGCUUCAGCAUGCAGGAUCUGUCGAGCAUUCGUGGGGACAGCAGCAGCACCGUCCCUCCCUCGGUCACUGUACGGACAAGUAGCAAACAGAGCCACCCAAAACCAUCCAGAAGUGCAUCAGAAGGCACUGGCAGCUCAGUGUGCACGUGUUGCUCGGUGUGCCGACUUCUCAGAGGUGAGUGCUGGAUUUCCUGGGUCCUGGUAUCCAUGCAUCCCUUUUGGGCAUGGCUGCAUUCCCCAGCCUGGCUUGCUCCUGAUGCUCACUGGGUUUCCUAACACCGGGGGGGCAAAGCAGGGGGAGGCCAGGCUGUGAGUGGGUUUGGGAGCUGUGUGUGUGCUCAUGGCAAGAAUCUCAGUGCUUCUCGCCAUACUGACCUGUGUCACCCAAGGAUGGGGAUUGUUCCUCUGGAGAAAAUCUUCAUUCCUUUCUCUUCUAGAGGAUGUGCCAUGUCCUUGCUGUGCAGUGUAGCUCCUCUGCCCCAGUGCUGGUGUAAAUCCGCUAGGAAUGCAGCAACAGCAAAACCUCCUCAGCCCCAGCCCUGUUUUGCUGUGUUCCCUAAGGAUUGGCACAUGUUUCUCCAUUGGUGGAGAGGACAUUUGUGUUUGGGGUGAACAGGGUGUGUAGCAAAUCCCAGCAGCAGACCAUGCUAAGACCAAAUUGAACUGACUGUCCCUGAUUCAGUCUCUGGCAGAAGCAUUUUUGAAAAAUGUCCCCACUGUCCCCAGCAUUUAUUGUGUUUACAAACGUCAGAGUGCAGUGAAUGGUUUAGCUGCCGGUGGUCUUUUCAGUGCUGUGCCAGUUAGCUGGGUUGCUAAGAGCCCAGACAUGUCACUUCUGCAUUUUUCCCCAGUGACAGAUGAAAGGAGUGGGAGAACUCCAAUUUGGGCAUGCCAGAGGAUGGGACUGCCAAGCAGCUUGUCUGGGGAGAAAAAAAGAAAUGCUGACUGGCAGUGUCUCAUGUUGGUGGAAGCAAAAAAACCUUUGUAACUCCUUUUCUUCUCAUCUCAUGUGCUUUUUGUGUAUUUUGCACACUAAUCAACCUGGAGACAGCAGCAGAGGGACUAAAGGAUCACAGUGCUGCCACCGUGCUGCAGGCACCUGUGCCUUCCCAGAGCCCUGCACCUGGUGCCAGAGCCCUGUGCAGUGCUGGUGCUUGGAGCCUGCUGGUUCCAGGCUGGCACAGCCUCCUUGCACCCUGCGUGGGUGGCAAAACCACCCUCAUACUUGAUUUGCUACCCUUCCUUUUCUGGGUGAGUGUGCCAUUGUGCAGGACAAGGAAGCAUGUUUAAGGUGAUAUCUGUUGAAACGACCAUGAAACACUUGUAUUCACAGGGCAUUUUAUUAGAACUCUUCUAAUUUUAGCCUAAACCUAUUUUAUGGAUUUGACUUCAAAGUGUUAUUUAUAAAAAGAAUCACCGAAUCCUCAUGGGCUUAAAAGUCAUGAGGUAAUCUUAGGAAAGUCUUUUAAUGAUGCUAAAGCAGCAAUCAGUCCAAUGUGUUUAUGAAUUGGACCCAAAGUAAUUCGGAUCUUGUUGAAAUUGAAUCCCCUGUCUUUCACAUUGGCUUGUUUUACUAUUCCUGCCCCCUCUCCAGCAUAAUCCAGUCCCUUAGACCAUGUCAAUAGGGAUGUGCCAAGGCUCUGUGUCAUAGAGGGCUCAUUCUGUCUCCACAGGCUGCCCUUUCUCUGUCUCCAAGGCAAUAGAUGCAUUAAUGCACUCUCAGACAGUGGCCUGCCAUUAAAAUGCUCCUUUGUAAGUGCAUCUUUGGUAGCUUGGAGAGCUGACUACAUCAUGUGAACAUUUUUCAGUGCCACAAAAAGCUGGGGGAAGAAAGAAUCUAAUUUUGUUUAGCUAGGACUAAGUUGCCUUGAGCUAUUGGCACUCAUCUUCUCUUGGUGCAAACUUUAGUGUAGCAAAUUUCAGAGUCCCAUCAUUAACAGCUCUCAUUUCCUAAGAGUUUAUAAUCUAAAUGGGCAGAUAGUCAAGUCUUUCCUCAAGCAAGCAUAUUAAAAGCUGCUUUAGAGCCUUGGUGCAGUCUUUUUGGCAGGAGCAGUUGCAUUAAUGCUCUUGCAGGUAAAACUCAAUUAUUUCACUCUCUGACUCACAGAAACCUCUUCAGCUCUUGGGAGAGCACAGGCUGGUGGAGCAAAAGUCCAAGCAUUCUGCUCCCUGGAUGAUACCCUGAGAGAAGGUGUCAGGAGGAUGAGGCCUGCAGGUGCCAUGGAGUGUGCAUUUCUGGAGAGCCUGAAGGCCAGGAUGAGCCCCCUGAGCAGGACUGUCCCUGUCAGCACGGGUGGGCUGGGUGCUGAUGGGCUCCUCUGCUCUGGAGCAGGUCUGUCCCUGUCAGCACGGGUGGGAUUCUCUGUGCUGAAGCUGUUGGCUCCACAGGAGAGCCCUUUCCUGCCCAUUUGGAUCACUCCCACUGGCCUCACAGUCUGACAUGACAAAGCAUUGAUGCAAUUCAGGACAUUCAUCCUCCUGUGCUCUGGGCAGCUUCACUAAAACACAAGCCUGUUUGACAGAUGUACUCCAGCACAUCUUUCUGACAGCUCCUAUGCCAGCUCCUCUUGCUUUUGUUCCUGGCCAGGCUUUGCUGGUGGAACUCCUUCCAGGUUUUUACCCAAACUUCUGAUUUAUCUCCUUUGUGUUCUGUGGAAAGUCAGGCUGCAGCAUUCAGGAACAAUGGUACAAUUAUGUAACAGCUCUUUUUCCCUUUCAGAGAGGACAGAGUGAAAAUCUCCAGGGAUAUCUGUUUGUCUUUUGGCAGUGCCUGGCAGAUGCUUAAACGCUGCUCAAUAUUAAACAAUCUUGCUUGUUGGGACCAGCAUUUAAGAAGUAACAAAAUAUGUUUGGUGGUGUUCUCUCAACUAAUGUCUCUUAGGUGCUGUUGCAAAGACCCGGGGCAUGGUUGAGAGGGAGAAACCAUUUUAAUUCUUGCAGAGAAUAAAUAUAUCUCUUGUGAAUUGAAGAAUCAGGUGUAUAUCAGGAGAAUUGUUGGGACUGCAAGUAUUUGAGGGGGCAUUUAAUACUAAAGUGCUGAUCAGAAGCCUUGGGCAGUGUAAGAAACGUGCAGGGACAUUUGUGAUGAACGGGUCUGUUUGGGGUGUGCACUGCAGGGUUGUGCUUCACAAGGUGACAGAUCACACCCAACCAGCAGUGCAGCUCACCAAGGACCUCAAUGGGACAUCCACUUAAUUGUGCUUUAAAUAAAUUACCUCAUUGUUCUAUUAGCUGAAUCCAACCCCUCCUUUGUGGUGUGCUCAGGAGUGCACGUGAGUUAUUACAGUGGAAAGUGCUUUAAAAACACUAAUUGACUUUAUGUCAAGGGAGCUGAUUGUACAUCUCUGAACUAAUUCAAUUAAAUUGUGUAGGUGGUUUUAUUUUGGUUCUUAGCCAGUUUUGCUUCCAGCUCUUAUUCGGUGGAUUUUUUUUAACCUUAUUGAACUUAAAGAACAAACAGCAAUUUUCUGUUGCUCUAGGCAUUUUGUUCCUUAAAAUUUCCCUUUACUAAAUACUGAAGCAAAUUUUUACAGGGCUGGCUUGCAUCACUUUGCGCUGGUAUUUCUGAAUAGCAUUUUGUGAUUUUCUUUUUGAGAUUUAAAAAUAGUUUCAGAUGUAUUUUGGUUACUUCAGGGAAGAAAAAAAAUUCACAGAAAAUCAAUAGUUUUUAAGUACAUUUGCGUUGUACCAGCAGAAAGUGAAAACAUUAAUUAUUGUUUAAUAAACUUCAGCCGAAUGACAGAUAUGAUAAAAGCAAAGAUGAAUAUUUCUGUGUCCUGAAACAAUGUUCCUUCUCCCUCUGCAGCCAAAUGUUUUCUCCUAACAGUUUAUUCUUUCUUUUUCUCUAUGUAAAUAUUAUGGGACUCUGAUGUAAGUGUUACAGAUUGCAUGAAUUUUCCUCUGAGGUGUUUGGAAUAGACUAGCACUUAACAACUCACUCAUUUGUGGGAUGUGUUUUCAUUAACGGAUGACUUUGUUGAUGUAAUUAGGCUUGUUUGCUUUGGUUGCAUUUGACUCCAGCUUUGGAAAGGAUGUCUGCCUCUGUUUGGUGGCUCCUGGGCAGUGUGUGCUGGUGUAGUUGGCUGCUCCUAACUCCUUGGUUUGGCAAUGAAAAGUGCUGGGGAAGUACAGGACUUGGGUCAAUGUCUUUUGGAAAUGAUGGUGAAUUUAUCUUUGUUGCAGGGGAAAGAAGCUGAUGGCCAUCGUAUAAUAAAUAUCUGUUCUCCCGUGCUUAUUAAGUGGUGUGCAAACCUCUUUAUAUGAAUGAUGCCCUGGAAAGGCUUAACUUUGGAGUGACUUUACCUUCCAUUACAGUAAUACAAUACCUCGCUCUUGGUUUGUGUAGUCUGUGACUGUGGUUUUCCCAUUGCUCCUGAGGAAUUCACUUGAUAGGAGAAAGAAGUAUUGUCCUGGCAAAAUAAGGGGAGCUCCAAUGUCAAAGCUGUCUGAUUCCCACUGUAAUUGUACUUAAGUGUCCAGAUUUUUCAGAGGAUCUAGAUCCAAGUAAUUUGUUCACUUGCACUUAAAAUGGGCCAGGUCCUGACUUCUGUUGUACUCAAGAAAAUCCAAAGGAAUUUGGUACAGAUUUAUAUGGCAGCAUGGACCAGAGUCCGAACCAAAGUGAUUGCUGAACCAGCACACAGCUGAAUCCCAGAUAUUGCUGCAGAAAGAGUCUUGCAAGUGAAAUUUCUUACUCUUUUUGAAUCAUAGACAUCAAAGAUUGCAGUGAUCUGGCCCUACAUUUCCUGGUCCGUGCUGGGUUGUUCCCUGAGGUGCAUUAACAGCUCAGAUCCCAACUCUGCAGAGCACUCAAAUGUCUGCUUUAACUUGAAAUGUGUCCAUUUUCAGGGCUUCCCACCCAAUGUGUGGAUUGGGAGGAAUUGUGAUGGAAUUAUAGGAACUGGAAUUAAAGGAAUUAACUGGAAUAAUCUAUUUCCUUAGACUGUUUACAGUCAGAUUCUGUCUUGCUUUAGUGGAGAGAGAAGUGCAAUGUGGUCUGUGCACUGAAAAGGUGUUUGCAAGAGGCAGCAGCAGCUUUAGUCCUGGAGCACCAGCCCAUUUCCCACUUCUGCAGCAAUUCAGCCCCUUCACACCGAGCUGUGGGGCCAUAAAUGUAACAGGUGGAGACACCUAAAACACAGCCCACCCUGGGAUGGGGAGUGAGAGUCUCCCAAACAGUCAGGGCAAAGGUCUGGUGUAUGAUCCGUGUUUUUACACAGCCACCUCCUGGCUGUGACAGUCCUUGGGGGUUGUUGGUUGUUCCCUGGAGCAGACACACUGCUGACUCUGCUACUUUGGGGACAUCUGAUAGUGACCUGAGGCCCCACAGCCUCAGAUCAUAAAAAUGGCUCUUAGAAACACACAGGAGGUCACCCAAGCCCAAGUGCUGUCCUCAAAAUGCACGCUCCAGCCCUGGCAAUGUUGUGCUCCUCAAUCUUUACCUUCUCUGGUAACAACCCUCGGUGUCCCAGAACCCUUUCAUUCUCUUUAAACGUCCAUCUCCUUUCUCAGCUGUUCCUCAUAUGUGUGUUUGUUCUUCUGAUUAACCCCUGCUUUACACUUUUACUCACCCUCUUGGUGUCAGAAAAUCAGUUUUUUUAUCAUAUCAUCACCAUAGUCACAAAAAAACCCCAAUUUCAGAGCUGGGACUCACGUGGCAGCUUCUCUUUGGAGAUGAGUUCUCUGCCAUCCCACAACAGCAGAAUGCUUCCACAAAUGUGGGACGAAGGCUGGCACCCCAAAGUCUGGCAGAUCAAUAUGAGCUUGGCUUGCUCACAGUACAGAUGUCCUUCCCAAGGCAGGACAGGCAGGGAAUCCUCCCUUCUUGUUCCAGGUCUGAAGGAAAGUGCCAUGUGUGUAUUAAAGAUCUUUUCUCAUCAAUGGCCAGAAAAGUGGUGGAAAAGCCUAGGAGAGCCCAUCUUCCUUUUUCCAGUUCAGUAAGGCUGAAGCCAAACCAGUUCCCAUUUGGCUGGGGCAGUGUCCCACUCACAAUGAGGUGGAGCAGGGAAGAAGAGGGCCCAACUUCCAGAGAACUUUACAGAGCUCUCAGCUGCAGGGAUCAAUGUGCCAGCUUGGAGGCUGAGCUCUCCUCCUGAUCUUCAUGGAAGCAGCUUCAGGACAUGGAUGUGAUGCUUGGACUGAUGGGGAGAAUGGAGAAGCCUGCAGGAGACUGUGCCUGCUGUGGAG